AAAUGUGUCGCAUGGCGAUGACGUCAACGCGACGCCGUCGAGUUGUUGAUGAGAAGUUCGGCUUGGAGGGUCAUGUCGUGGGUGCAAGCGAUAUCGUCGUCUGGGGAGGAUGUUUUUGAUGAAUAUAUGGAUGAUAUGCAGCCCCAGCAGAACGAAUGGCGGUGUAAUAUGGAAAAACGUGUUAAGGAUGGUUAUCGGGAUGGAAUUGAAGCAGGUAAAGAAUCUGCACUUCAGAAUGGAUUUAAUCAAGGGUAUGUAGCUGGUGCUACUAGCAUGAAGACCAUUGGAGAGUUGAAGGGGAUUUUAAGUGCUUUACUGACAUGGUGCCAAAUGCAGAAAAUGGAUUCCAGGAUCAUUGAUGAUUUGAAGCAGCUUCUUCAGACAGCUGCUGACCAAGAGGCAGUGCUUCUUGAGAGACUAAGGAUUUCUCAACAGGAAACAAAUGUCAGUGAAGUUACAGAUGAUAUUGAGCUCCUGGAACUAAAUGCUGUUGUACAGGAAACCAGCUGUGGAGGCUGUGGUAAUUCUGUAGAGGAUCCAUGCAGUAAACUUGAUAAUGAAUUUGACAAAGAACAUCGUAAAAAACAAGAUCUAUUUUCCAAAUCAGUUGAAUGUUGGACAUUUCACAAAGUAUCAGAUUCUGAAAAUGAGCAUGUAGCAAAUCUUUUAAUUCAGAGUUUUGAACUAGCCAGUGCAUUAAAUCUUCCAGCAGAGCUGCUACAGCAUAUUAAAUAUCUUGGGACAAUUCAGGUAAAUGUGAAAUAAGGAACUCCUACAAUGUAUUUUUGUAACAAUUGCUGU